CAGCAUAACAGUAGGACUAUUGGGCAGAACACAGCAAGUAUAAAUGAACUCCAGUACAGAAGAGACUGAAGAUUUGGGGUUAAAGUACAGUACCCACAACUUUGGAUUUAAUUGAUUCAUUGUUUUUAACACUGAUAACUACGCUGAGUUCAUCUUUAAGCUUUCUUUGGAUAGAUGAAGUGAGCAUAAACUUGGGUCAGCUGCUUUCGAUACAAAAGACGGGAAUUUCAUUGCUUUAAGAGAUAUUAGAACAGUUCUGAGGAAAAGGAAGCAGACCAAGACUGAAGCUAUAAAAGAAUCCAACAGUGAAGAUGGUAGGCUGCCAGGAAUGCAGGGCAGAAGAGGAGAUGGGGGACAUCUAUACCCCCAAAUUAUCACACAAGACUCUGACCGCACCUGCCCCAUUUGCAGAUGAAACCAGCUGCCAGUGCCAAGCCCCCCAUGAAAAAUUGACCAUUGCUCAGGCCCGCUUGGGAACACCAGUUGACAGACCUGUUAGAGUGUAUGCAGAUGGAAUAUUCGACCUCUUCCAUUCUGGCCAUGCUAGAGCACUUAUGCAAGCUAAAACACUGUUUCCCAACAGCUACUUGCUGGUAGGAGUUUGCAGUGAUGACCUCACUCACAAAUUCAAAGGCUUCACAGUAAUGAAUGAAACAGAGAGAUAUGAGGCUCUCAGGCACUGUCGAUACGUAGAUGAAGUCAUCAGAGAUGCUCCAUGGACACUCACACCAGAGUUCUUAGAAAAACACAAGAUUGAUUUUGUGGCCCAUGAUGACAUUCCAUAUUCCUCUGCUGGUUCUGAUGAUGUUUACAAGCAUAUAAAGGAAGCAGGAAUGUUUGUCCCAACGCAGAGAACAGAAGGCAUCUCCACAUCAGACAUCAUCACUAGAAUUGUCCGUGACUAUGAUGUUUAUGCCCGACGUAACCUCCAAAGAGGGUACACAGCUAAAGAGCUGAAUGUUAGUUUUAUAAAUGAGAAGAAGUACCGUUUCCAGAACCAAGUGGAUAAAAUGAAGGAGAAAGUCAAGAAUGUAGAAGAAAAAUCAAAGGAAUUUGUUUAUAAGGUAGAAGAAAAGAGCCAUGAUUUAAUUCAGAAGUGGGAAGAGAAGUCUCGAGAGUUUAUCGGCAACUUUCUAGAACUCUUUGGACCUGAUGGAGCUUGGAAACAGAUGUUCCAAGAACGCAGUGGACGGAUGCUCCAGGCACUAUCCCCGAGGCAGAGCCCAACCAGCAGCCCGACAAGGGGUCGGUCUCCUUCCCGUUCCCCCUCUCCCACUUUCCCAUGGCUCCCAAACAAAACCUCUCCGCCUUCUUCUCCUAAAGCAGCCUCAGCCUCCAUCAGCAGCAUGAGUGAGGGGGAUGAGGAUGAGAAGUAAUGCAAUGAUUGUUGGCGAACUGGAUCCAAGAACCGCAGGGAGGGAUGAGUGGACCUUGCACACAGAGGGAUGGGGAGGGUGGGGGGUCAAGAGUGACUGAAGGCAAGUGUCUGAAGCGAGCACCUUUGAGAUGGAAGGGUCAAGGUGAGACCUGGAACUCUAAUGGGAGGAGUCUCAGCAAUGACUCUGUGCCCUCUUGUUUCUACACCAUCCUCAGGCACAUGCUCAGCAUGGAGUUUGCCAGUUGCAACUCAGGACUGAUGGAACUGAACCAACGGUCACCAUCUGUAUUUUAUCACUGUUGUGGGAGACAGAGAGAACCAGGAAGAAUUUGCACUGAAUAGAGCUAUUUUCUGCUUCUGGG